GGAAUGGCCACGUGAGGCGGGAUCCCCGCUCAGGCUCAACGCUGGUGCUUGUUCCUGCUCAUAGCCAGACCACAAUCACUUGCCGACUUCACAACCCGAUAACAUCAGGAUAUUCCCAGGACAAACUUGAUAGAAACUUGUGCUGCUCCUCUGUCUCUCCAUUUGUCAGUGCUACAUAUACCCAACGAUUUCUCCUGGCAGAGUGCAUCACUGCUUUUAAGCUACGUAUAGGAAACGGACGACUGAAGAUCUUCGUAGCAAAUGCAGAACGGGACUGGGAAUCCCAUGGGACAGGAUGGUCAAGGGCAGUCAUGGGUGAGGGAGGUGUGGGAUUCGAAUCUAGAGGAUGAAAUGGCUGUUUUGCGCGACUUAGUAGAAAGGUAUCCCUACCUAUCUAUGGAUACGGAAUUCCCUGGCGUAGUUGCUCGACCAAUUGGCAACUUCCGGACAUCAGCCGACUAUCACUACCAAACCCUCCGAUGUAACGUCGACCUUUUGAAGAUAAUCCAACUUGGCAUAACUUUUGCGGAUGAAGAAGGAAAUCACCCACCCGGCGUGUGCACCUGGCAAUUCAACUUCAAGUUCAAUCUGAGCGACGACAUGUAUGCUCAGGAUUCGAUUGACCUUUUGACUAAAUCAGGAAUUGAUUUCAAAAAAAAUGAAGAAUAUGGAAUUGAUGUGGAGCAUUUUGGCGAGCUGCUAAUUAGUUCCGGAUUUGUGCUACUGGAUGACGUAAAAUGGGUCUCUUUCCACAGUGGAUAUGAUUUCGGCUACCUGCUGAAAAUCCUGACCUGCCAGCCGCUACCGGCAGAAGAAUCGGAUUUUUUUGACCUUCUGAGGAUUUAUUUCCCUUGUAUAUAUGAUAUCAAAUAUCUCAUGAAGAGCUGUAAGAAUCUGAAAGGAGGACUGCAGGAUGUUGCUGACGAUCUUCAGAUUGCAAGAGUGGGGCCACAACACCAAGCGGGAAGCGAUAGUCUUUUAACCUCAAAGACGUUUUUCAAGAUGCGGCAAACAUUCUUUGAUGAUAGAAUUGAUGAUAGCAAAUUUCUUGGAUAUCUGUAUGGCUUGUCGUCGUCAUUCCCUAACAAAGAUGGUCACCCGUGAUGUUGUUCAUAAUAAUUGUGGAUACGGAUAACGCAGGGAAGGAUACACUCCAAUAUAUAGUCGAGUGCAAAGAAUUCUAUUUAAAUUGAUGUAAAAUAACAAUACGGCCAGCCAUCCCUUAGUCUCAUGAAUAAGUUGGGUUGGUAAAUAUAGACACCACUAGUUCGUAGC